UGCGUUUUCCCGCACAAGGAAGUGAGAAAGUAGAGCGGAAAACAAUUUAUUGAUGGUAGGAAGAUGAAAUCUCACAUCUCCCGUCCACUUAAUCCUCUUCAGCUCUCAAAACCAUUGUGCUUUCCCUCUAAAACCCUUCUUAUUCAAUUCCCAUACUGUUUUUCUCGAAAUAUACCAUGGGAACAGGGCCGUGAAACUAAGAUAAGCUUCCUUACACACAGAAAUAUCAGAAUCACUGCUUGUAAAGCUUCGAGUGUGGACUCAGUUGUGACUUCCGGCAACUUAGCAGAAGAUGCCGAGUCAACUCGGGUAUUCGAGAAAUUGAAAGAAUCAGAGAGAAAGCGGAUGAAUGAGUUGGAAGAGCUUGAGAGAAAGGCUAACUUGCAGUUAGAAAGACAGCUUGUCAUGGCUUCAUGCUGGAGCAGGGCUUUGUUAACCAUGCGUGGAAACUUGAAGGGGACUGAGUGGGAUCCUGAGAAUUCACACAAAAUUGACUAUAGUGAUUUCUUGGGACUUAUUAACUCAAAGAACGUGCAAUUCAUGGAGUACUCGAAUUAUGGUCAGACAAUAUCAGUUAUUCUUCCAUACUACAAAGAUGGAAAAAUAGAUGGAACAGAAGGAAAUUUAAAGAAGGAAAUAAUUUUUCGGCGCCAUGUGGUGGACCAAAUGCCAAUUGAUUCUUGGAAUGAUGUUUGGCAAAAGCUACAUCAGCAAAUUGUUCAUGUGGAUGUUCUUAACGUUGACACAGUACCUGCUGAAAUCUAUUCUACCAUUGCAACAGCAGUCAUAUGGUCUAUGCGGCUUGCCUUAUCUGUUGGAUUUUAUCUCUGGAUUGAUAAUAUGAUGAGGCCCAUUUAUGCAAGGUUAAUACCUUGUGAUCUAGGAACUCCUAACAAAAAGAGUAGACCACCAUUAAAGCGUCGUGCGCAAAGGCUUGGAUCAUUAGGGAAGAGCCGGGCAAAAUUUAUAUCAGCAGAGGAGAGAACUGGUGUCACCUUUGAUGAUUUUGCUGGCCAAGAAUAUAUAAAGAGGGAAUUACAAGAGAUUGUACGCAUUUUAAAGAAUGAGGAAGAAUUCCAGGAUAAAGGUAUCUACUGCCCAAAAGGUGUGCUUCUGCAUGGACCUCCUGGAACUGGUAAGACGCUUUUGGCCAGAGCUAUUGCUGGUGAAGCAGGACUUCCAUUCUUUGCUGUAAAUGGAACUGAUUUUGUAGAGAUGUUUGUUGGUGUGGCAUCAUCACGUGUGAAGGAUCUGUUUGAUAGUGCUAGAUCAUUUGCACCUUCUAUAAUAUUUAUUGAUGAGAUUGAUGCAAUUGGUAGCAAGCGUGGAGGGCCUGAUAUUGGUGGUGGUGGUGCUGAAAGGGAACAAGGCCUGCUUCAAAUACUGACUGAGAUGGAUGGAUUUAAUGAGUUUACAUCCCAGGUGUUAGUUAUAGGUGCUACAAAUAGGCUUGACAUUCUUGAUCCUGCUCUCUUAAGAAAAGGCCGUUUUGACAAGAUCAUAAGAGUUGGGUUGCCAUCGAAGGAUGGUAGAUUGGCCAUAUUGAAGGUUCAUGCCAGAAAUAAAUUUUUCUGCUCAGAGGAUGAGAAAGAGAGUCUAUUGCAAGAAGUUGCAGAGCUCACAGAAGACUUCACUGGAGCAGAGCUGCAAAAUAUAUUGAAUGAAGCUGGAAUUUUGACUGCCAGGAAAGAUUUAGAUUACAUUGGACAAGAAGAACUUAUAGAGGCAUUAAAGAGGCAAAGGGGGACGUUUGAAACAGGCAUAGAAGAUAGCACAGAGAUCCCAGAGGAAUUAAAGUUGAGAUUGGCAUAUAGAGAAGCAGCUGUUGCUGUUCUUGCUUGCUACUUUCCAGAUCCCUAUCGCCCUUUCACUGAGACAGAUAUAAAUUCCAUGAGUAGCCGGCCAAAUAUGCGGUAUGCGGAAAAUUUGGGCAAAGUUUUCUCAAGAAAAUCAGAUUAUGUAAACUCUAUAGUGCGUGCAUGUGCCUCUAGAGUAAUUGAAGAGGAAAUGUUUGGAGUUGAUAACUUAAGUUGGAUCUCAGCAGAAGCAAUCCAGGAGGCUUCAAGGAUUACACAGUUUUUGAUUCUGCAGACAGGGAUGACAGCAUUUGGGAAAGCAUAUUACAGACAUCAAAAUGAUCUCGUGCCUAAUCUUCCAGCAAAACUUGAGGCACUUCGAGAUGAAUACAUGCGCUUUGCUGUAGAGAAAUGUGCAUCCGUGCUGAGAGAAUACCAUCCUGCUAUAGAGACAAUUACAGAUAUACUACUUGAAAAGGGAGAGAUCAAAGCUGUGGAAAUUUGGGAUAUAUAUAAUAAAGCACCUCAAAUACCACAGUGCAAUUGUUCCAGAACCCUCAUUUAUUUGCUUUCUAUUCAGCCUGCUGUUAAUCCUAUUGAUGAGUACGGAGCCCUGAUUCAUGCUGGGCGGUGGGGAAUCCAUGGGAUCUCACUUCCAGGAAGAGUUACAUUUGCCCCCGGAAAUGUUGGGUUUUCAACUUUUGGUGCACCCCGUCCAAAGGAGACCCAAAUUAUUAGUGAUUACACUUGGAAGCUAAUAGAUAACAUUUGGGACAAAAAGGUUCAAGAAAUAAAAGCAGAGGCUUCAAAGGAGUUUGAAGAAGAGAAGGAGAAACCACUACUUUUGAUGGCUAGCCAUUUCCUUUGAAAAUGUGGUUUUCCACUCUCGUGGUUUCUUUGCGACUCUUCGUGAAAAGUGUUUUCCCUGCUUCUCAUAUAUAUGAUAUUCAUUUCUUUCUUUCUUUCUUUCUUUUUUAUUUUUUAUCUUUUUACGGGGAGAGAGGAGGGUGGGGGGCUACUUCUCAAAAACAAAAACCUAGGUUUUUCUGUGAAUUCAUCCUAGGCAGGAGUCACAUGUUGAGGUAAAUGAGAUUGUGGAAAUUUAAAGUUAAAAGUAGAACCGCCUAUCUUUACCUAGGGUUUGACUGCCUGAAUGGGAUAUACCUUUCAUUAUUUUCCUGUUAUCUUAGUUCUCUUCCUGCUUUCUCCAGGUAUCUAUUUUUGGAAAAGUUGAGUCCAGUUUCUUUUGAACUUUCCCUCAGACUCCGGGUAACAAAUACUAAGAAUGUCAACUAAGAUUUCUUGUAAUGAGAACUUUAUUAUUUUAUUUCUUGUAAUGAAAACUUUAUUAUUUAAUGUGUCCAUAGCACAUAAUAUUAUCAUGUAAUAUUAUUCUCGAUCCGCCUCGUCGGCCAAUUCUAAUUGUUGUAAAUGCUGCUAUAAUAUGCUACCAGAGAUUUUCUUUGCU